UCCGCCGGACGACGGAAGUGGCUUUCCAGCCCUGCCAGUAAGCCAUGGAGACGGUGGCACAGUAGCGACUUAGGUGUGAGGAUUGCAGGGGCGGAGGCCAUGGAGGCCGUACUGAACGAGCUGGUGUCUGUGGACGACCUGCUGAAGUUUGAAAAGAAAUUUCAAUCUGAGAAGGCAGCAGGCUCCGUGUCCAAGAGCACGCAGUUUGAGUAUGCCUGGUGCCUGGUGCGCAGCAAGUACAACGACGACAUCCGUAAAGGCAUCGCACUGCUGGAGGAACUGCUGCCCAAGGGGAGUAAAGAAGAGCAGCGGGAUUAUGUCUUCUACCUGGCUGUGGGGAAUUACCGGCUCAAGGAAUAUGAGAAGGCACUAAAGUAUGUGCGGGGGCUGCUGCAGACAGAGCCCCAGAACAACCAGGCCAAGGAACUGGAACGGCUCAUUGACAAGGCCAUGAAGAAAGAUGGACUAGUGGGCAUGGCCAUUGUCGGAGGCAUGGCCCUGGGCGUGGCGGGCCUGGCUGGACUCAUCGGACUUGCUGUAUCCAAGUCCAAAUCCUGAAUGAGACCGCACCUCCACCUCUGCCCAGGGAUAUGUUGGAGACUGUAGAGGACAGUCGAAGAGGGGGGACCCGUCCAUCCUUGCUGUCCCUUCCAUACCCCGUCACUGCCCACCGGCCUUCAUUCUUCUUUCCCCAGAGACUUGUCCAACAGCCCCAAACCAUGUGCUCCGGAAUGAGUGUAAAUAAAACUGGGCCUUGGCUUGGGAA